UGACUUUGCUGUUGACUCCACCAACUACUAAAGCGCGCAGUGCUACACUGGGUUGGCGAGCGGGGUGGGCCUGGGCCUCGAGGAAGGAAGCCGACGAGAAGCAAAGCGUAGCGAGAGCUGAGGGCUGAGGCUGAGCACGCAUGGCGGAGACGGCGAUCACGACGGUGCUGGCGAAGGUGGCGGAGCUGGUGGCGUGGGAGGCGGCGGUGCUGCUUGAGGUCGGGGACGACGUCCGCCUCCUCCGCGACAAGCUGGAGUGGCUCCACACCUUCAUCCGCGACGCCGACCGCCGCCGCCGCCGCCGCGACGACGAGUUCGUCGCCGUCUGGGUGCGCCAGACCCGCGACGUCGCCUUCGAGGCCGAGGACGCGCUCGACGACUUCCUCCACCGCGCCGCCCGGAGGCACCGCCAGGCCACCCCGCUAGCGGCGAUGCUGCUGCCUUCCUGUGCCGCCGCCGCCGCCGCGUGGCCCCCGCGCUGCGCCGGCCAGGUCGCGCUCCGCCACGGCCUCUCCGGCCGCAUCCGCCAGAUCAGGAAGCGCCUCGACGAGAUCUCCGCCAACCGCGCCGCCUACAACAUCGAGCACACGCCGUCCCCCGCCUGGGCUACCCACCCCUCCUCCGCCGCCGCCACCGCCCUCGCCGCCUGGGAUGAUUUCGAAGAGUAUACUGUCGGCUUCGACAAGUACAGCAACAUGCUCAAGGAGCAGCUCAUCGACGACGCCGUCACCGGCCGCGCCAUCGUCUCCAUCGUCGGCGAGAGCAGCAUCGGCAAGACGACGCUCGGCCGCAAGGUGUACCAGAGCCCCGAGGUUCGCAACCACUUCGAGAUACGCACGUGGACGGUGCUCCCGCCCAAGUGCCGCCCGGCCGACGUCCUCCGUGACAUCUACAGGCAGGCCAGCUCCCAGCUCCGGCGAUCUCCGUCCCAGCAGAGCGCGGACGACGGUUGCGGCGCCGACGCCGCUGUGGCGGCGUGCCGGUCGUCGGGGAAGGACGUCGGUAACCUGCUGUUCCGGAACCUGACCGGCCGGCGUUACAUCGUCGUCGUCGACGGCAGCAUCGCGGCCUCCGACUGGAACAGCCUGAGAGCGUCGCUCCCCGACGAGGGCAACGGCAGCAGGGUGGUGCUGAUCACCGACAUGGCCGGGCUGGAGGUGGUCACGUACGCCGCCGGGCCGACGAUGAACAGCCCGAUCAAGCUGGAACGGCUCAGCCCGGAGAACACGUACGAGGUGUUCCGGCGCCGGGUGUUCGGCCGCGGCGGCGACUGCCCGCGCCAGCACAGGUCGAGGUACUACCAGAAGAUCUUCCAGAUCACCCGCGGCCUGCCGCUGUCGAUUGUCGUCCUCGCCGGCGUGCUGCGGUCCAAGGAGCCCCCGGCGGAGUGGGACGAGGUGAUGUCGCAGCUUGCCACGGCGAGGGAGCCGUCGUCGUCGUCGUCCAAGAACGGCAACAGCGGGCGGAUCAUGUCGCUGGCGUUCGACGACCUGCCGCACCACCUCAAGUCGUGCUUCCUCUACUUCGCGGCGAUGCGGGAGAGCGCCACCGUGGACGCGCAGCGGCUGGUGCGGCUGUGGGUGGCCGAAGGGUUCGUGCGGCCGCGGCGGGGGAGCACCAUGGAGGAGGUCGGGCAGGGCUACCUCAAGGAGCUCAUCUCCCGGUGCAUGGUGCAGCUGGUGGACAAGGACGAGUUCGGCGUCGUGCAGACGGUGGUGGUGCACGACCGCCUCCACGCCUUCGCGCAGGACGAGGCGCAGGAGGCCAGCUUCAUCGAGAGCCACGACAGCACCGACGUGCUCGCGCCGGCCACCGUGCGCCGCCUCGCCGUCCAGAACUCCUCCGAGAGAUACGUCCACCUCAGCAAUGCUCUCCCCAAGCUCCGCUCCGUCGUCUGCGACCUCGUCGACGGUCGCAACGGCGGCGGCGGCGGCGGCAAGUGCAUCCACUGCACCGACCUUGGCUUCCUCCACGCGUCCAAGUUCCUCCGUGUCAUUGACAUCCAUGGCCUCGAGCUCAAGAAGCUUCCAAACGAAAUCGGCUCGAUGAUCCACAUCAGGUACCUGGGUCUCCAGUGCGGCCAGCUGGAGAAGCUGCCGCCGAGCGUGAGCAACCUCGUCAACCUGCAGUCGCUGAUCCUGAAGGGCAGGAACGCCGGCCACGUGCUCGACGUGACCGCCGCGUUCUGGAGGAUCACCACGCUGCGGCACGUCGUGGCGCCGUUCGCGCUGCCCAAGGUGCUCGGUGACCUGCACAGCCUCCAGACGCUUCACGGCGUGCAGCAUCUGUGCUGGGACACGCGCGGCGGCGGCGGCGGCGGCGGCAACCCGCUGGGGACGUCCACCAACCUCCGGUCGCUGGAGCUCAGCGGGCUGCUCGCCAAGCACGCCGCCGCUCUGACGGCGGCGCUGGAGAGCCUGGACCUGCUGGUGCACCUGAUGCUGGACGGCGAGUCGCUGCCGUCGACCGUGUUCACCAUCCCGAGCCUACGGCGGCUGCAGAGCCUCAAGCUACGGGGCUCCAUGGACUCGCCGGAGGGGCCGGGCGGCGACGACGACGACGACAACGAGUCGGCGGACGACGGCGUGGUGCGGUACAUCCGGCCGAACCUGACACGGCUGUCGAUGUGGAGCACGAUGGUGGGGCAGAAGUUCGUGGACAUGCUGGGGGAGCUCCCGAGCUUGGCGGAGCUGACGCUGAUGGUGGCGGCGUUCGACGGCGAGCGGCUGGAGUUCCGGGACGGCGGGUUCCGGAGCCUGCAGAAGCUGAAGCUGGGCCUGCCGGAACUGGAGGAGUGGACGGUGAAGGCCGGGGCCAUGGCGUCGCUGGCGAGGCUGACGCUGUUCGGGUGCCUCAAGAUGCGGAUGCUGCCGGAGGCGCUCGCCGGGAUACCGGAGCUGGAGGAGGUGGUGCUGUACAGAAUGCCGAUCAUGGUGGAGAGGAUCAAGAAGCACGGCGGGGAGGAUCACCACAAGGUCAAGCACGUCCCCGUCAUCCAGACCAUCUGGUAGCUUUGGUUCACCUCUGGACAAUUUUGAUUUUUGAACGUGCCAAUGAUCGCAGCUUGCAAGUAGACAUGAACAGUGUGGUAGUGCAUCAGCAUUGUAUCGAGUUUAAUACUCGUUUGACUUUCUUCUUAGUAAAAGUUCUUUAGGUUUGACCAAUUUUAUAAAAAAAAAUCAGCAACAACUACAACACUAAAUUUGUUUCA